UCUGUCAGCGCGCCUGGACAGCCCAGCUGUUCACGUGGAUUGCGUCCACGUGGCGGGAGCUCAUUGAUAGGGGGGAGGUCCCUGCAGGGGCGUGAGUGAUGGCGACCGUGGGCUCAGCGAGGGUGUUGUAUCUGCCCGCGGCGAGAUCGGCCGAGCUGCGCGCCGCGGGUCGGUACUUGGGAUCGGAAUGCUUUCCACGUGGCCACCAGGCACCGAUAACCGUAGAGAUGACGGUAUGCAGCAGGCCUCCGCUGAUUGCUAAUGGUAGCAGACGACCAGUUCAAACCGGAUGCCCGGAAAGACUGACGUUAGGCGGUGGCAUUGCGGAGUGCACGACGUGGCACGCGGGGAACGCAGACGAGCGGGCGAUAACGCCCACGAGGGCAGCGCUCUCUCCACGCCGACGAACUCCGGCCUUAGCGAGAUGGUUGAGCAGUCUAGUUCAACUUCAGGGAUAUGGUCAUGACUUCCGCGCUUGGGCAACCUCCCAAAAAUUGGAGGACUUCCUAAAGAUGGUGGAAGAAAGGUGGCAUGAUCCUCAGGAGGCUCAAAGGGCCACUGACGAGAUCCUGACACUGCACACGAGGCAGUUUAAGUCAGUAAGGGAGGCCACUGACGCUGUAGAGCGUUUGAUCUGUGUCCCUGGGGUACGCUAUGAUCCUCAGGGGCGAGUGCAGCGCCUGAGUCGACCUGUGGAGUCGACCUGUGCCAACAAACAGCGCAUGGUAGUUAACGACUACCUCCAGGAUGUAGAGUGUAGUUUCCCGUACGCGGGAGGGGACUUGAGGCAUCGUGUCUCGUUCCUAGUGAGCGAUGAACUCCCCAUGGACAUGUUGUUAGGUAUGUACUACCUCUCUGUGGCACAGCCCCAGUUUGACUGGGACCGAAAAGUGGUCAAGCAUACUUUGCCAGGUGGAGGGACCUCCAGAUUACACAAGUUCAAAGCUAGUAGUCUGAUCGAUUCCCAUGGAUACAUGUGCGCGGCCGCGUUCUAUAACUACUAUAAGCAACAUCGGGAGGAGGGUAUGUACUUAGUUUACGUCUCUGCUGCAGGCGAGCCGGUGAAAAUGCCGCCGGAGAUAGAGGGAGUAGUUGCCAAGUACCCUGAUCUAUUUGAAGAGCCAACAGGGGUUGUUGAUAGGGAGGUCGUCCACGCGAUAGAGAUUAUCCCAGGGUCUAGUAUUCCGAAGGGUAGGAUCUAUCGGAUGUUUCCAGCCGAACUUGAUGAGUUUCGCCGCCAACUCAAGGAACUCGUAAAGAAGGGUUGGAUCCGGCCGAGUGUCUCUCCUUACGGAUCUCCAGUACUAUUUAUACCUAAGAAGGAGGAGGGCACUCUCAGGAUGUGCAUUGACUAUAGGGGCCUCAAUGCCAUCAUUGUGAAGAACAGAGAGCCCCUACCGCGCAUCGACGAUCUGUUAGAUAAAGUGCAAGGGUGCCGGUACUUCAACAAGAUAGAUCUGAAGUCCGGGUACCAUCAGAUUGCAAUUCGGCCCGAGGAUCAACCCAAAACCGCUUUUCAGACCAGGUACGGUCUGUACGAGUUUGUGGUGAUGCCUUUUGGCCUUUGCAAUGCUCCUGGCACCUUUCAGCACGCUAUGAAUCGGAUAUUCCAUGACUACUUGGAUAAGUUUGUCAUUGUGUACCUCGAUGACAUACUUAUUUUUAGUAAGACUGUCGAGGAGCACGUUGCACAUUUGGACAAAGUCCUCAGUCUCCUGCAACAACACAAGUUCAAGAUCAACGGUGAGAAGUGUGAAUUUGGCCGCACCCGUGUCUUGUACUUGGGUCAUGAGAUCUCCGCGGAAGGGUUGAAGCCCGAUAACGCGAAGGUGGCCAACAUUCGCGAUUGGCCACGUCCUCAGUCUGUGACUGAGAUUGGAUCUUUCUUAGGAAUGACAGACUAUUAUCGAACUUUCGUGAAGAACUAUAGCAUAGUGGCCUCUCCUUUGACUGAUCUGACCCGCCUUGACACCCCAUGGGAGUGGACAGAUAAGUGCGAGGCUGCUUUCAGACAUCUGAAGCAUUCAUUAACGCACUAUGAAGUCUUGAAACUUCCUGAUCUUGACAAGCCAUUCAUAGUCACCACGGAUGCCAUCCAAUACGGCAUUGGCGCCGUGCUCGCGCAGCAGGAGGGGCCAAAGUUGAGGCCAGUUGAGUACAUGUCUAAGAAUAUGUCGUCUCAGAAGUUGCCUAAGUCCACUUAUGAGAAGGAACUCUAUGCGGUGUACAAGGCUCUCACCCAUUGGAGACAUUAUCUCCUUGGGAGGUUCUUCAUCCUCAGGACUGAUCAUCAGACCCUGAAAUGGAUGAGAACCCAACCGGUACUCUCUGACGCUCUCAAGCGUUGGAUCGAAGUCAUUGAGCAAUAUGACUUUGACCCUCAGUAUCUCAAAGGGGAGUAUAACAAGGUUGCUGACGCCCUGUCGCGCAGACUAGACUUCUCAGGUGCGCUGAUUACUGAGUUUAGUCUUACGGACAAUGUUACUCAAUCUCUGGUGGAAGCCUAUCACGAGGACCAGUUUAUGUCUGAGAUCAUACGCAAACUUGAGGCGAAGGACAAGAAGACGUCCGCCGAGUUUGAGUUGGUUAAUGGCUUGCUGUUCCUUGAGAAGGCAGGGAAUAAACGAUUGUGUGUUCCCAAUAGUGAGUCUUUGCGUAGUUUGUUUCUAGGUGAAAGUCAUGAUGCCACCGGUCAUUUUGGGUAUAAGAAGACCACAACCAACUUGCUGCAGCGAUUCUGGUGGCCCACGAUGAUGCGAGAUGCACAGCUGUACGUGGAGACUUGUCAAGUUUGUCAACGGGACAAGCCCCGUACUCAGGCUCCUCUUGGGCUGCUUAAGCCCCUUCCAAUUCCGGAAAGGGCGGGUGAAAGCUUGUCCAUGGACUUUAUGGAUACGCUGGUCACCAGCAAGAGUGGGAUGAGGCAGAUCUUCGUCAUCGUGGACAGGUUUAGUAAGUAUGCUAGGUUAAUUGCCAUGCCGGAAACAGCGAAGACCGAGUAUGUAAUCAGGCUGUUCAAAGAGAACUGGGUGAGGGAUUUUGGAUUGCCUAAGUCUAUUGUAAGUGACAGGGAUGUCAGAUUUACAAGUGAGUUAUGGAAGGCCGCUGCAGCUAAACAGGGAACUCAACUGCAAAUGACUUCUGGAAACCAUCCUGAAGCUAACGGCCAGGCUGAACAGAUGAACCGCGCUGUUCAACACCUGUUGAGGCAUUACAUUAAGCCCAACCAGGUGGACUGGGAUGAGAAGUUUGCUCUUGUCGCCAGUCUGUAUAAUAACGCUGUACACAGCGCUACCGGGGCGGUGAACAGCAUCCGGCGUGACAUAUGUCGGCGGAGAGGGAGAAGGGAGGCGGCCAUCGCCCAAGCGAUGAUGGACGUGCAAUCCUCCCCGGGUGUUUGGGACGCACCAUUCCUUUUGACGAACACGAUCGUCGCAGGUGUGCUUCCCAAGGAGACUCCUCGGUGGACAACAAGCACACCGAGGAGCCAGUCCACUUGGGGUCGCAACUUUAACGGCGGCAAAGACCGUGCCAGUAAUGUUGUGGAGUUGUCUUGGAAGGGGAGCAAGUUGACUACUGUGGCUGCUGCCAGUGCGAAUAAUAGUCCCGCCAGUGACAUCAACACUAAAAGAAGUGACAAGUUGGACAUACCACCCCCUGGCUGUAGCCGAAUCAAGGUGGAUAUCAGUAGGCCUCUUGGCCUUGUACUGAGAGAUGAUCCAUCUGGCAACAUCUGGGUGGAUGAGGUUGUUCCAGAUGGGAAUGCAGCCAGAACUGGCCUAGUUGAUGUUGGCGAUCAGCUCAUAGCCACGUCUGCAGUUGUUUACACAAUGAUCGAAGACUACAAUGGCGUCAAAGUCAGAAAAGGAAUGGAGGUUGUGAGGCUCAAUGUCAGAGGGGAGAAGUUUGAUACGGUCAUGGCCGCCAUUGGAACACACCCUGGGCACAUGAAGGUGACGUUGGAGCUGCAGAAGUGCAAGCCCACAGUGAAUGGGGCACCAAGGAUGAACUGAAACAGACUUCAAGUUGUGUGCUGACUAUGGAGAGGAAGAGGAGGGAGAUAAGGGCGGAAGAGGGCAGAGCGAAGGAAGGGCGGUAAAUGGUGAGGACAGAUAAAGAGGGAGGACGUAGACAUGAUUGUACAUGGUGCGCGGAUCAUCCGGGCCGGAUGUGAGGUUGGAGAGGAGAGAAAAGAAGAGAGAGACGGACAGAUAAGAAACUUCAAAGGAAGAGGGGAGAAACGGAGAGAGAGAGGGAAGAACGAGGAAGAGCAAGAGAGGUACUAAGAGCAAGGAGGACACGGAGGGGAGAACAACGAAGAGAGGGGGAGGGGGAUAAGUGGGAGGGAGGGAAACCAAGAUUUAAGAAGGGAUGCGGAAAGGUAGGUGUGUGAGGAGGUGGGGGGUUAAGGUGAUUUGUAAGGAGGGAUGAAGGAGCCAGGGGAGGAUAGGAGUAAGGGAGAGGAGGAUCAUGGACGAGGUAGAAGGGACGGGGAAUGGAGCAGAAUGUGGAGCAAACACCUGGA